AUGAGCACUGCUGCGUCGGAAUCGGAGCUGUCGGACGAGGAUGUCGAGAGCGCGCAAAGCUGGUUCGUCGACAACUUCCUCGACGGCGAGACGCAACUCUUCGGCGGCUCGAAUAAAGCGCUCAACUCCAGCCUGCAGGUGUGCGACGGGCUGCCAUCACUUGUAACACGCUCGUCAACUGUAAAGCCCAAUGGCGCAUGCCCCACUAUCCUUACGGACGUGAACGGGUCCUGCACCUGUUUGAGCGGAUUCGACUCUAGUGACGGUGCCUGGGAGUUUCGAAUACGAACGAAAGGAAGCGGGAAUACCACGACUUCAUUCCCGACUACGCAGGCAGCGACGGGCACGCUAGAGAUCGACGCUAUUCAAACGCUUUACGUGCCGGACACGCUGCAGAAGUUGUAA